UGUAUAGUCUUGUCCGGCCUGUCUGCGGCGCUGUCUGUCUGUCUGUAGGCUGUCUGUCUCCCCCGUCUCUUAUAAUUAAUGAGCAUCGCCACCAGACGGCCCUGAGGGAAACACGGCUGCCAUUGUCACUCCGCGCGCAUCCUUUGUAGGAGUGAAGAGCCGAAACCCUCCCAGCCUGACGGCUUUACUGAGAUAAAAGUGGCCCCCUCUUACUCCACAGCGCGGUGCUCAGACAUUUUAACAACAAUAAUGUUGGCAACAGCACUACAUUUUAAUACAAAUGAAACACAUAUAUGCACAACUCACUUUGUUUUCUAAUGAAAAACUCCUCCACAUUUCCAUCUCCCAAUAGAUCACUAUCUUCGAACAAGGGAUGUCAAAUUUUAUAAUUUAAUAUAACAUUUCACAUUAAAUUAAGCUAAUAUCUUAAUGUAUGAAAAUUGUGAAUUUGUGCUGCUUUUUCAAUUACUGCCGCUAGGGGUCUCCCUAGAGCCAUCACUUUGCAAAGAGCUGUUAUGUGUUUAAUCACUAAAAACAAAUGGCAAAAUAUGUAAUCAUCAACAACGUAUAAAUACAGGACAAAAUAAAUUAAUCAAAUUUUAAGAAUUGUAAUUUGUAUUCCCUAAAAGAAAUAAAUGCCAUACAGUUUUGUAAUGUGGUAAAAUGUAUUGGAAUAAUGGAAGAUUUCUGGUUCACCUUUUUUUUUCUUAAUUAUGGCCCGCAGCAGCAGUCUCUGACCAUAUUGUUUUCUUUUAUAAUUCUGUUUUUCUGGAUUAGAUUUACAAUGUAAUAAGACUUUUGUUAAUCUUUCUUUGUUUACUCACAUUACUGUUCAAAUUACCUGUACAAGUACAAACAUGUUAUGUUCACAAUUGUCAAAAAAAGUUUUUAAAAAAUGAAGAGCUGUGAUAGACACAUUAUUCACAAUAAAAUACAAUAAAGGAUGAUUGAUUUUCCACCGAAGUUGCUUACAAUUAUUUUUAAAAAGUCCAUAAAACUGUUACUUAUAUCCUGUAUAUAUGUGACCUUUAAUAUUUUGUAAAAAAAAAUCUGGAAGUGAUCUGACAUGUUAAACCACUGACAAUAUAUAUAAUGUGUUAAACUUUAGAUACGAGAUAAUAAUUUAAAUUAAUUAAUGAAUUCGUUUUUACUUAUGUGGUCCAUUAUUAGAUGACUUUAAAGGUUUGAGGGGCCAUUGAGACUUAAAACACCAACUUUCUAUUCUGGCUUUUCUUUAAUCUUGCCUCUUUUUAUUUUUUAUUUUUUAAAUGAGUCAUACCUAUAUUCUUGGAUGUUCUACAAAGUUUAAAGAUUGAUAAAGCACAUUGCAUGGGCUUUCAUUUUUUUCUACUUUUUACUGUUUACUUGCAAUUUUUAAUGCUUAAUGAUUGUCCUUUAAUAGGUUUUUAAAUUUAAUUUGCACUAGGUUGACACUGUUUAAUCCUGAGACUGUUUUUAUUACUACUUUAGUCCGAAAUAUACGUGUCAAUCACAUCUGAAGACCAUAAUUUCCUUUUUGGUAAAUUAUUUUCUAUGUAUUUUUAAAUAUUUUUGACAUUCUUGUUUUAGAUUGUAAAAUUCAUUAAAUAAAUGGAUAGCUAGUUUGUUCUUUUUAGGCGUAAAAUAAGUUAAAAAUAGGCUUCUAUACUAAGAAAGUAAUUCCCCAAAUGUUGUGGAUUUGGGGGACAGCUUUUAGUUGCUAUUUUUGACACAAUUGAUCCGCUCUCCACAGAUUACUUUAACUAAAUGUCAGGUUGAACUCAGUGUUUCUUCUGGGACACACCAUAACUUCCCCUUUCCCCCCACUUCUAACUUAAGGUCAGGUGACAAAUGCUGAGAAUCUUUUGGGAUUAAACACAGUGUCCCGCACACAGCGCACGCACAGGCACACAUGCUCUCCAAGUGCAGCUUUCUUCAAAUAUCAUGAUAUUAGCAGGUUGAUCGGAGUGCCAUGGCGUCCGUGGAUGAAGAGCUGACCUGCUCUGUGUGCCGCGACAGCUUCAGUCGGGCACACCCUCUGCCCUGUGGCCACAGCUUCUGUCCCACCUGCAUCCGUGAGGCCUGGAGUUGCCAGGCGGAGGGGAAGGCCCGAUUCGUGUGCUCCCAGUGUCAGGAGGAGCAUGGGGAGGUGCUGUGUGACUGCUGCCCCCCAGAGGCGGAUGAAGUGCAGAAAUCCCAGGCUGUGAAGACCUGUUUGAGGUGUGAGGUGUCGCUGUGUGCCAGCCACCUGCAGCCCCACCUGGAGAGGCCGGCCUUCAGCAACCACAUGCUGGUGGAUCCAUUGGGGGACAUUUCUCAUCGAAGGUGUGCGGCCCAUUCCGAGGUGUUCCGCUACUACUGUGUGGAUGAGCGGGUGUACGUGUGCGGGGACUGCCUGCUGGAGGGAGCCCAUGCUCAGCACAAAGUGAAGGCUCUGAGGCACGUUGAAGAGGAUCUGAAGGUGAUUCUCCACACGCUGCUCAUCAAAGCAGAAAACAAGCUGAAAGAUGGGGAGCGGAUUCUGAAAGAGAAUGAGAACAUUGAUUCCUCCAUGGCUGACUCCCUGAGACAAGACGACGGUCUGGUGGAGCGGCUGGACUCGGACCUGCAGGUCCAGGUGAAGAAACUGGUGCUGGCUCUGAAGGGAAUCACCAAGAGGGAGCGACAGCAGGUCCUAGAACGCUUACACCAAGACUGCGCCAAAGUGAGGGUCGACAUGAACCAGACUGUUAACAUCCAGCACUACCUGACCCUGCUGCUGGCAGAGACGGACCCCUUCCUGCUCAUCUGGGCCUUUCAAUCAGAAGACACAAAGUUAUUAGCUGACCUGAAUUGCCCAAUUUUCAAGCCUGUUCCCGUCAGUCUGGACAGGAAACACAUCCUGGAAGACAUUGAGGGAAAAUAUCGUGAGUUCAUCACAGCAACACUCCGCUGCCUCACUGACCUCAAACGGGAGCUCUUGACCAGUCCUUUAACUUUGGACACCAACACUGCCCAUCCUCUGCUGAGCAUCUCCGAUGAUCUGCGCACCGUCACUCGUGUUAAGAGCCGCCUGCCCUGCGCUGCCCAUCCCGAGCGUUUCGACCACUGGCCGCAGGUCCUCGCUGCCCAGACCUUCUCCUCUGGAACCCACUACUGGGAGCUGGAGGCCGAGGGAUUCUGGGAUGUAGCAGUCUGCUACCGAAGCAUUGGACGCAAGGGAAAAGAAGACAAUGCUUUUGGAAACAAUAAGGUGUCCUGGAGUUUGACACAGCAGCACGACAAAAAGCUUGCGGCCUGGCACAACCGGAGGAAGACCCGCCUCUCGUACCAACUGACCAGCAACAGAGUCGCCGUUGCCGUGGACUACAGCACGGGGACCAUCACCUUCUCUGAGGUGGGAGCAGCCAACAGCCUGACCCACCUGCACACGUUCUCCUCCAGCUUCACCCAGCCUUUGUGCUUGGGCUUCGGACUCUACAAAGCUGAGCUCAAAAGUCGCAUCUCCAUCGUCAAAGUCUGAAAAACGAAAGAGAGGGUUCUUCAGAAAUGUUGAUGUUUACAUUGAAGCUGCUUCUACCGGGAGUUUCUUCAAGUGGAACGGGAUUCUGAUGGACACAUUUUAAAAUCUGCCUUUGUUUUUUCCUUCAAAACUGUCUAAUGUGGUUGGUUCAAAUGUGGAACAGUGAGAAUAAAGAAAGUUUAAAUAUGUUCAAUCAAAACCUUGACAGUAUUUUGUUUUUUAAAAUUUAAAAUUUGGGAGCAAAUUACUGAAAUCCUCUGCAAAGUUUGUGCUUCCUCUUUCAGAACUCUUGUGUGAUUAAAACACAAUAAUCACAUUUAUUGACAAGUGUAAUCAAACGCAUCAAAUCAGUAAA